UUAAGGUGGAGUCUGUUUCAAUGGGCAGUCACAUGUCUUUUUGCCACCGUGAGAGAAAGCGUGUGAUAUAAAAUGACAGCAACCAUCAAACCAUUGACAGGAAAAUAAAGCAAACGGCGUCCUUCGCAGCAGAAUGUUAUCACAAGGUAUCCCUGCCAACCUACAACAAGGAUCGCUGGUUACCAGGGUGCCCGUUGCUAUAGACAACAUUAAAUGGAACGCUAACCAAGGUCAGUGGAUUCCACCAAUGAGAAGCUCUCGGAGUCAUUAAAGGUUUUGAAUCAACCAAUCAGCUGUAACAGGCGUUACGCCUGCCGGAAGAGCGGCUUUGCAAGACUUUCUGACCAAGGGGACAUGCUUAGGAUAAAUUCUUCAAUUAUUUAUAUCGAAAUUUUGGAUGUCUGGUUAUUCUCAUGAGUAAAGCGAUGCGAACCACUCCAGCCUCUCCUCCAUUGCACGUGCAUGUGUCUGACAAAACACCUGUGCAUGUGCAUGUGAAGCCUCAGAAGACCCCCUCACCCAAAAAGUCGAAGAAGAAGAUGGACCCUGAUGGUUUGCGGCCCACGCCAAAGGUCAAGACGCGCGUGCCAUGGAUACCACCUGGGAAGGUCCCCACCCGGACAUCUAUGUUCAAGUGGGAGGGACCAACACAUCAGCUGGAGAUCACCCCUCUGGCGGACCCCGAACCGACCUCUGGAGAGCUGCGCCUGGAGGACCUGUCGACUGACGAGGAGGAGGCUCUCCACGGCCGCAUCAGCCACUACGAGAGGAAGAUCGACAGCCUGAUGACGGAGGUUAGCUCGCUCAAGAGCGAGGUGGAGUUGCGCAGAAAGGAGCAGCUCCUGGAGCGUCAGUCUGAGAGGUUAAAUGUCACCCAGCGGGUCAUCGCCGAACAGGAAGCAGAACUGGCGGAGGUCACCAAAGAGCUGGAGGUCACGGAGAAGGAGAAUUCCCGCCUCCGAGUGUCCAUGGAGAAGAUGCUGGAGGAAUCCGAUUUAACUAGGCUGGAGAAGGAGAGCCUGGCGCAGGAGAAGGACCUGCUGCUGCGGAAGCUUCUGGAAGCGGAGAUGGACGGCACGGCGGCCGCUAAGCAGGUGUCGGCCCUCAGGGACACUGUCAGCCGCCUGUCCAGGAGCACCAGCGAACGCGGGGACAAGAGGAUGUCUGGCUCUGACUCCUCCCUCCUGGCUAAGCAGAAGGAGCUGCUACUGCAGAAGCUGGAGACUUUUGAGGGCACCAACCGGACCCUCCGCCACCUCCUCCGAGAGCAACACGGACGCGAGAUGGACUCAUUACGAAUGUUGGAGCAGAAAGAUUCUUUACUGAAGAAGGUUACAGACAUCGAGUCCGAAAAUUCACAACUUCGAGUUAAACUUGACGACAAAGAGAAAGAACUUGGUCAACUCACCUCACUUCUGGAAAAUGAGAAGGAGAAUGCCAAGACGACCAGUGAAUUGUCUAAAGUUCUAGAGUCCACACGGGCCCAUCUGCAGGGCCAGCUGAGGAGCAAGGAGGCUGACAAUAACAGACUGGGCGUUCAGAUCAAGAACCUGGAGCGUGCGGCCAGCCAGCAGCGUGGGGAGAUGGAGCACCUGCAGGGCCAGCUGAGGGAGCUGCGGGAGCGGGCAGACGCCGACAAGGAGGCCCUGAAGAGGGCCACGCGCGCACAGAAGCACCGCGCCGAGCGCAGCGAGGACACCGCCGGACAACUCAGCGCCCAGCUCAUGGAGAUAGAGGCUCAGCUGGCUGAUGCGGUGGCCGCUGCUGAGAACUGGAGCAACCGGCACGCCAAGGAGGUGAAGGACAAGAGCCAGAUGGAGAUGGAGAUCUCAGUACUCAACAGGAGGAUAGCAGAUCUAACCGAGCAGCUGCAGCACAUUGAGGAGAAGUCUCGAGCGGAGAGGGAGGGGCUGCUGGACCGGCUCCAUGGCCUCACCACCGAGAGCACCUCCGCCCGGCUGGAGAACCAGAGCCUGAAGGCUACUCUAAACACACUGGAGGAGAAGCUGGCUCUCUCCCAGUCUGAGGUGCAGCAGGUCAAGAGCUCGGUCAAGCAGUACGAGAGUCUGGUGGACAGCUACAAAUCACAGUUGCAGAAGACCCGUCUGGAGGCGGACGACUACAGUCUGCGGCUGGACAAGGCAGAGCGGGAGGCCAAGGCCAUGCGGGAGGAGCUGGACCAGGAGAUCGAGCAGGUGAAGAAGGGUCUGAUGGAGCGUCUGUCGGAGCUGGAGCCGCUGCCUGAGGCUCUAAGGCGGUCAGAGCUCCAGCUGCAGGAGGCUCGCGACCACGAGAAGAGCCAGGAGAGGAGGCUCACCGAGUUCACCAACGCCCUGGCAGACCUGCGCAUGAAGCUAGAGCAGCAGACGGGUCAGCUGGAGAUGGUGAGGCACAAGAACAUGGUGCUGCUGGAGGAAAACAAGCAGCUGCAGCACCGGGUGGAGGCCCUGGACCGCAAGCUAGAGGAGUCAGUUGCCCAGAACCGUGAGCUCAUGCAAGUGAUUGCCAAACGAGAGGAGACCAUUAACACCAAUCAGAUGCGCCUGGAGGACAAGUCUCGUGAGUGCACCCUCCUCACCCACCAAUUGGAGGAGGCCCUGGAGGAUGCCCGCAAGCAGGUGAAUCACACCAGAGAUAAAGCCGCGUCCAAGGAGAGGUCGACCCAGACCAAGGUUCUGGAGCUGGAGGCCCAGCUGAACAGAACCUCCACAGAACUGAGUCAGCUCCGGAGGACCAAAGAGGAGGCGGAGAGGCGAUACCAGAGCAGGCUCCAGGAUGUGAAGGAUCGUCUGGAGCAGUCAGACAGCACCAAUCGCAGCCUGCAGAACUAUGUGCAGUUCCUGAAGGCCUCUUACGCCAGCGUGUUUGGGGACUCAGCACUCACAGGCACAUUCCGGCCUCCGUCCCCAUUCUGAUGGAGACAUCCAGGAAAGACUCUCUUUCCUCUCUCUCUCUCUCUCUCUCUCUCUCUUUCUUGGUCUCAUCUUGCACCAUUAAGCAAGAUGGUAAACAAGACAAUAUGCAUGCCACGCAUGGCCCCUCUCUUUCUCUCUUCUUCUUCUUCU